CCGCCUCGCCCAGUGCGGCGGCGGCGGCGGGGACGGACGCGGCGCUGGGAGCGGCGACGGGAGCCGGGACACGGGCACCGAUAGCGGCUGCCAGGCUCCUGCAGCGCAGGGAUGGAUGCGGAAGGCGUGAGCGAUUUCAGAGCCCUCCGAGCAAAAUUUCAGAGUGACUCCAACGUGGCCCCCAAGCUGGUGCAGCCACGCAAGAAGCCUCCCCCUGAGGCUGCACCCAAGCCGGGCUCUGCAGGGAACGCUGUGCCCAGCCCUCUGCCCCGGAGUAAGAGCAAAGAGGUAAUACUAUACCCUAAGGAUGAAGCUGCCUCCCUACCCUCUGCGCUCACCCAAAGCAACCCCUUGGUAUGGCCUCGAGCCAAGCUGGGUUACAUGAAGCCAGCAGGGCACAAUGAGGAGCAUAAAGGCAACAUCACAGAGAAAGGGCUGAGUUCUCCCAAGAGUGAUCCAGGGAAGCCUCUGCCAUCCUGUUGCACUGACCAGCAAGGAUCAGCCAAAACAGCUCCAGAGAGCCCUUCGUUCCCAAACUCUUUCCACCAUGCCCUACAGAUUUGGGAAAACGCCUUAUCCCACAAUGAGAAAGCAAAUGCAAUGCUCCCAACCCAACGGGCGUCGAACUUGUAUGUGCACCCUCACCCGGAGCAGAGGGCAACGCAUGCUCCUGCUGAGACAAGCAGUAGUAGGAUACGACCUUCUCGAAGCAAGCCAGUGCUGGACUUGCUGGCCCAGAAGAAGAAGGAUGCUCUGCUCAGCAGUGGGCAGGCUCUUCCUCAGGCUCCCAGGAAACACAGGACCUCUGAAGAAGCAGAUACUGAGACUGCAGUGGCAACUGCAUUCUGCCAGCAGGGUUAUUGUGCAUCGAGAGAGCAGCCUCAGCACCAGAAAGAAUCCAAGCCUGCGUUCUGCCAGGCCAGAGCAGGAAAACGGUCUCACACCCCACAGAGUGAGUGGCCAAGAAUUAAACCUCUCCCUUCAGCUGAAUCCCUUGGUCCUGCCCCUGUGAAGCCUGCAAGACCCCCGGAGUUUGAUCUCAGUGCUUUCCGAAGCGCCGUGCCUUUGGUCCACAGAGGAAAUGAAACAACUGCUGAUGAAGAGGAUUACUUGACCCCUGAAAGUGCUCAACUUGAAGAGCAGCAUAAUUAUGAAGAAACGCCAAUGUACCUGAAUCAGUCUGGGGACACCACAACCUUGUGUGUCAUUGAAGUACCUAAGGCAGAACCUCAAGAACUCAAGAAACAGAAGGCUUUUCUCUUUGCCAAAUCCAGUCCUGGAAGAGCUACAAUAGAUGAUGAAGAAGAGGGAAAAGCAAAUUUUGAAAGAGAGGAACAGGAAGCAAAGAAAAUUUUCAAGACAGGUGGAAAUGAAUAUGUAUCUCCCACUAACCGAACGAAGGAAGAUGGUGAAAGCGGGAUGAAGGCUCUGCAAGUGAAGGAGGAUGUGACCAGUACCCAGACUGCAAAGCAUCCUACCCCAAAAGGGCUGGCAAAAGACAGAGCAGAGCUCUUGCGUUAUGUGUAUGUUGGUGCUCCAGAGCCAGGGGUAGAAAGAACAGCAUUGGACCAAAGCACUUGGCAGUCUCUGCAGGCACCAGAGGAUAUAUAUGAUGAUGUUGAAGAAAUGCAAGAUAGGCUCAGCCAUGGGUCAGACGCCUCACGUCCAUUCACUUCAGCCAGCGUUUCAGGAAACAGCUAUGAAGAAACAUAUGAAGAUGUUGAGAUUGGGAGUGAUAAUCCAGCAAAAGUGGAAACAAAAAAACAAAAGAGAUUUGGAAACUUGUUUAAGAUAGAAAAGUUGAAGCUGAAGAGUACCAGGUUCAAGGAAAACUUAAAGUUGUUUUCCAUUUCAGUACCAAAUUUAGGGGCUGUUUCCCAGGAGGACAUGGUGUAUGAUGAUGUCGAGGUGGGGCAGAGGGAGCCAAGAGAGAAGGAUGACAAAUACAAACCCUGGAUGCCAAAAUUUCUGAUGGCGAAAGAGGAUAAGGACCAAAGGAAAAGCAGCGGCGAUGUGGAAAGAAAUAUCUUCAAAGUCAAGAAAAGCAGUGCAGAAAAAAGCAAGAAGAUGGGAAAAGAAGAGAAGUCUUUUCGAGAAACAUUUAUGUAUGAUAAGGAGAUCAAUGUCAUCAGCACUGCCACUGCUGAGUGCUCGGUCCCCAGUCAGAGAAGAGCUGAUCUCCCGGUCACAGCUGGAGAACAGCUGGACGUUAUCGAUGUCACGGAGGGCAAUGCAGUGAUUUGCCGCAAUUCGGAGGGCAGAUACGGGUAUGUUCUAGUGGAGCACUUGAACUUCAGACAGAUACUGCUAACUGAGAGCUGCUCUCCCAGGAGCAUCCCUGAAGGUCUCUCUGUGCUUCCUGUGUCCAUGAGACCCCACAUUGAUCACCUGUGGAGUGGUGAUGCACGUGUAAAUAAAGCUUUAUUUUUUACACUUUUACACUGCUUAAUGCACAAGAGAUUUUCCUCUUUUGUCUGUUAUUUAGAGCACGUCUUCACAGAUUAUUUCAACAUUAGUUAUGUUCUGUAGUUCCCACUUUUUGGUAUACCUUGUUGGUCUGCUCUGAAAUAGCCGUAACAUACCUACAUUUGCAGUUUACCUGCUCUAUAUUGUUACUCUCUAGUUUAGGUGUUAGAAUUGCAAGAAUUCCCCAAAGAUUUGCUCUUUAACAAACAAACCAUAUAAAUUUGAACUGGCUUUGGUCUUGACAAAAGUACUGGGACAAGAAGUAUGUACCACACCACUCGUGCUGUGUUAAAUAUACAGAAUGGAGGAAAACUUGACUCAUUUCUCUCCAAAAAACAUGAAAAAAGAGUAAAUAAAGCAUUCAGUCCAAAUUUACUUUAUUUUUGUAAGCUAACUUUGGCAUCCCAGAUAUGUAAAGGCUGACUUCUGGCUCCCACCGCCUCACAGCAGCAGGCAGUUACCCAACAGUUGCCCCUGUGUUCGGGCUCUUCUCUGCCAUGGGGCUGGAGGAUGAUUGCUUAUUUAAAGUAAAAUGCUCCUGACUGUAGGAAGGGAAAUAUAAAUUGCUAAUGGCUUCUCCUCAGUGUAUCCAGUGGGUACCUUCUCUGAAGCAGAAGAACGUGGAUAGGGGUUUUUACAUGACUUUGGAGGAAAAAAAAACCCAUAAACAUGACCUUAGUGUACAUCUUUUGCCCCUCCCCAGCGCAUUGUAAGAGCCCCUCAGUUUGCUCAUAAAUAUCCUAAAAUUGUAGCUGGUUUAAUUAGAAAUUAUUAAAUGUUCCAGGCUUAAGGAAACACAGCAAAAUAAAAGCGCUGUUUGCCAUACGGCCAUUUCAAAGCUGGCAUAGAAGCCAUCAGGAAAAAAAAAACCCAGAGCAAAUAUUGAACAUUUACUUUUAAGUCUAUACAGGCAUUCUUAUUUAUUUUACCAUGUGGUUACUAUUAAGUGCAUUGGCCUGCAUCCAUCCUUGCAAUAAGAAAAUAAAUAGAGCAAGCCCCUGUAAGCAUGCGCAGCUUUGCAGCCUUGCCAGCCCAAAUAUUUAGACUUCUCUAGAGGAGAUGGAGAGUUUGGGGAGCUGAAGUGCGUGUUUGGCUUCAGAGCAGGCUGGGACGUGCUCUGUGUCCUUCACCUUUGCUGGGAGUUGUAUGGAGGA